GGUUGGAAGACGGGCUGCCACGGUCUCGCAAUCGGGGGAGCAGCAGCAGAGCGAGGCAGGGAGCGUGUCGCAUGGCUGGCCUGUGAUGUUUUCUUCCUGGAUGUUUCUUAAACUGUCCUGUGAUGGAAGGGAAAUAUUUUUGAAGUUAUAAUGGAUUUUAUGCAACAUCAUAACGAAAACUGGCCUAAUAGCAGCAUUUUUGUUUGAAGAGAAUAAGCAUAAUUACAAAUAAUCAUGACAACUUCCCAUAUGAAUGGGCAUAUCACAGAAGAUUCUGACAGUGAAGCAAAAAAUGUGGAUCUUGCGUCUCCUGAAGACUCUCAGAAGCACAGAGAAAUGGCAGUUGAUUGCCCUGGGGAUUUGGGCUCCAGGAUGAUGCCCAUGCGGCGGAGCGCUCAGCUUGAGCGAAUCCGGCAGCAGCAGGAGGACAUAAGGCGCAGGCGGGAAGAAGAGGGAAAGAAACAAGAACUGGACCUUACUGCUUCCAUGAGGCUAAAGAAACUAGCACAAAUUCCUCCUAAAACUGGAAUAGAUAAUCCAAUAUUUGACACAGAAGAAGGAAUUGUUUUGGAGAGUCCUCAUUGUACUGUGAAGACACUAGAAGUGGAAGAACUGUUAACUUCUCUUAAGCAUAUCCAGCACAUUUUGGUAGACCCUCAGAGCCAAGAGGAUAUCUCUCUCAUUUUACAGCUUGUUCAAAAUACUGAUUUUCAGAAUGCAUUUAAGAUACACAAUGCUGUUACAGUGCACAUGAACAAAGCCAGCCCUCCAUAUCCUCUCAUCUCCAAUGCACAAGAACUAGCACAAGAGGUACAGACUGUUUUGAAACCCAGUCACCAUAAGGAUGGACAGGAGCUUAAUGCUUUGCUGAAUGCCCCUCACAUGCAGGCACUUUUACUGGCUCAUGAUAAGGUUGCGGAACAAGAAAUGCAACCAGAGCCUGUGACAGAUGAAAAAAUUUACGAGAAUGUUGGUGUGUAUGGAGGGGAGACAGUUAAAAUAGUUCGUAUUGAGAAAGCUCGGGAUAUUCCAUUGGGUGCUACUGUCCGCAAUGAAAUGGAUUCUGUUAUUAUUAGUCGAAUAGUGAAAGGAGGUGCUGCAGAGAAGAGUGGGCUCUUACAUGAAGGGGACGAAGUCCUUGAGAUUAAUGGCAUUGAGAUUCGUGGAAAAGAUGUUAAUGAAGUUUUUGACUUGUUGGCUGACAUGCAUGGUACUCUGACCUUUGUAUUGAUUCCCAGUCAGCAGAGCAAGCCACCUCCUGCAAAGGAGACAGUUAUACACGUGAAAGCUCAUUUUGAUUAUGAUCCCUCUGAUGACCCUUACGUCCCCUGCCGAGAGUUAGGCCUAUCUUUUCAAAAAGGAGAUAUACUCCAUGUGAUCAGCCAAGAAGACCCAAACUGGUGGCAGGCUUACAGAGAUGGAGAUGAAGAUAAUCAGCCAUUGGCAGGCCUUAUCCCUGGAAAAAGUUUUCAGCAACAAAGAGAAGCAAUGAAGCAAACCAUAGAAGAAGACAAGGAGCCAGAAAAAUCAGGAAAACUCUGGUGCGCGAAGAAAAACAAAAAGAAACGGAAAAAGGUUUUAUACAAUGCAAAUAAAAAUGAUGAUUAUGACAACGAGGAAAUUUUGACCUAUGAGGAAAUGUCACUGUAUCAUCAACCAGCAAAUAGGAAACGGCCCAUUGUUCUGAUCGGCCCACAGAACUGUGGCCAAAACGAAUUGCGGCAGAGACUUAUGAAUAACGAAGUGGAUCGCUUUGCCUCUGCAGUUCCCCAUACUACUCGGAGCAGGCGAGAGACUGAAGUAGCUGGCAGGGAUUACCAUUUCAUUUCCCGACAGGCAUUUGAGAGUGACAUAGCUGCAGGGAAGUUCAUUGAAUAUGGAGAGUUUGAGAAGAACCUCUAUGGUACUAGCACAGACUCUGUGCGUCAAGUAAUCAACUCGGGCAAGAUAUGCCUUUUAAAUCUUCAUACCCAGUCACUGAAGACACUACGUAAUUCUGACUUGAAGCCAUAUAUUAUAUUUGUUGCACCACCUUCACAAGAGAGAUUACGUGCUUUGCUGGCCAAAGAAGGGAAAAACCCAAAGCCAGAAGAGCUGAGAGAAAUCAUAGAGAAAACGAGAGAGAUGGAGCAGAACAAUGGCCACUACUUUGAUACAGCAAUUGUGAAUUCUGAUCUUGAUAAGGCGUAUCAAGAGUUACUUCGGUUAAUAAACAAACUUGACACAGAACCCCAGUGGGUGCCCUCUACCUGGCUACGAUGAGAGAGCAAUUCCAAGGCACAAAUGGACUUCAGUCUAGUAAUCUUUCUGAGGAGAUCGUGUGUAGGUCUGCCCAAUUCUAGUAUAAAUGCGUGUGAGCUCUAGACCUCAGUGGCUGCAUCCUUUGCUGGUGAAGUUGCGUAUUACUGAAAAAAAAACCAACAAACACUAAUCAGCUUGUGAGCCAA